CACCGGUUUUCAGUUCACCGCGAUCGUCUACCUCGUCAGUCUUCCUCGAGUAACGGUACGCGCGAGGUGGCACAGGACGGUCCUCAGUGGAGAGUUGCGCCAGGCCGAAGAUCGUGCAUGAUCAACCGAUCAAGUGAUCGAGUGCAGUGGAAUUAAUUGGCGGACAUUUUUCGGAUAACUCGAGAGCUGCGCAGCCGAUGGAAUAGGCAAUCAUGUCGUCGGAUCGUUUUCACAAAGCUGCCAGAGAUGGUCUGCUGGACGUCCUGAAGGAAGGAACAGCCAAAGAACUCAACACGAGAGACGCCACCGGAAUGACUCCUGUCCAUUGCGCAGCCUUCGUGGGCCGCUUAGACGCUCUUCGCCUCCUCGUUGGCCGAGGGGGAAAUCCAGAUAAGACGGAUUACUAUGGGAACACAGCUCUUCACAUUGCAGCUGCCAAGGGUCACAUGCAGUGCGUGGACUUCCUGGUCAAAUUUGGCGUCAAUCUCUAUGCAAAAGACAUCGAGAGACACAAUGCAAAGCAUUUGGCGUGUCUCAACAAUCGCGAAGACAUUCUGAUCUACCUGGACACUGCAAUUGCCAAUCUGGAGCUGACGGACAGGAAGAAGGCCAAGGCGCUCCAAGAAACCGCCGAGAGGGACUGCGUGAAGGUCAUUGCCAAGUACACCAAGUAUCAGCAGCGCAUGAAUCAAGAGAACGAUGACGAUGUCCACACAAUGCCCCAUCGCACGUCCACAGUUCUGAGAGCGAUGCGGAAACUUCCGCUGGGCGGAAGCAAGCGCGAUGCACCAGCCACCGAAGCGAGUCCGCAGAACAAUAAGGCCAACUACAGUUCCCACGUGCGCGGGACGUUCUCGCGAUCGCGUGGUGUGCAGCGACACAUUCCCCAGUGGAUGCGCCACGGGCCCAAGGAGGUCGUCGAUGACUUCCGCGUGCGCAAGAUGGACUCCUCGGGGAAGCUGACAGUGAGCUCGCUGCAGGGCACGCGGCGGGGCUCAGAGGUGCUCUACGUGGGCACGCAUGCGUCCGCGAAUGGGGCCAAGGGCGAGCGUGGCAGGAUCAGGGAUGUGUUCGAAGUGGGGGCGAUCAGCAAUGAGGAAGACGAUGGAGAAUCCCCGCUGAAUUCCUACGGCAAUCUGUCGAGAAGCGUCAGCCAGCCGGACUUUCUGGCCGCCGUGGCGAAUGGGGAUGAUCUCAGCGAAGAGGUGACAAUGCAGAGACCCUCCGGACUCUUCAACAGACCCUCUCUAGGCACCCUGGCAUUCAGACGAUCAGUGACCGCAACUCUGUCCCAAAUUGCUCCUGAUGUCUCGUCAAUUGACUCCAAUGACUCGCACAAGAGGAAGACGCAGAAGAUAAAGCCGAGGAAUCAAUUUGUCCUGUCCGACAGCGACACAGACGUGGCCAGUUCGAGUGACACGGACGAUCAGGAAGACGGACAAACGCCUCUUGAGCGAUUCCUCUUGGCGUUCGGCCUGGAGGAAUACUAUCCAAUCUUUGAGAAAGAACGCAUAACUUUAGACAUCUUGAUGAUCCUCAAGGAAGUGGACAUUGAGAAGCUCCAAUUGCCACUGGGACCCUUCAGGAAGCUAAUGAAUGCUAUCGAAGAGCGCAAAAAUGCCCUCAGCAAUCCAGGUGCAAUUACAGAUAGUCGCCUAUGAUGCCUUGAAAUCCUUGAGAAUUCUAUGAACAAUGAAAGAUUUAUCUAAGAAAA